UCCCGAGCACCGAGGGACCCAUGGCUGCCGCGGCGGCCCCGCGGGGCUGGCAGUGGGGGGAGCCACGAGCGCUCGGCCGGGCGGUGAGGUUGCUGCAGCGCCUGGAAGAGCAAUGCGGGGACCCCCGGCUGGCCUUGGGGCCCCCCUCGCUGCCGGACCUGCUGCCCCGCACCGCACAGCUACUGCGGGAGGUGACCAAAGCCCGGCGGGCGGCCGGCGGAGGCGGCCCCGAUGGUCCCGGCGGCGCCGGGGACUUUCUCUUCGUCUACUUGGCCAACCUGGAGACCAAGGGCAGGCAGGUGGCAGCGCUGCUGCCGGCCCGGGGCACAAGCGGUGCCAACGACGAGCUCUUCCGGGAGGGAUCCAGACUCAGGCGACAGCUGGCCAAGCUGGCCCUCAUCUUCAGCCACAUGCAUGCGGAGCUGAGCGCACUAUUUCCUGGGGGAAAGUACUGUGGCCACGUGUACCAGCUCACCAAAGCCCCAGCCCACACCUUCUGGAGGGAGCGCUGCGGGUCCAGGUGUGUGCUGCCCUGGGCAGAGUUCCAGUCACUCCUGUGCACCUGCCACCCAGUGGAACCAGGCCCCACCGCCCAGGCCUUGCGCUCCACCAUGGACCUCACCUGCAGUGGCCACGUGUCUGUCUUUGAGUUCGACAUCUUCACCAGGCUCUUCCAGCCCUGGCCGACCCUGCUUAAGAACUGGCAGCUCCUGGCGGUCAACCACCCAGGCUACAUGGCCUUCCUCACAUAUGACGAGGUCCAGGCUCGCCUGCAGGCCUGCAGGGACAAGCCAGGCAGCUACAUCUUCCGGCCUAGUUGUACUCGCCUGGGGCAGUGGGCCAUCGGGUACGUGAGCUCAGACGGCAGCAUCCUGCAGACCAUCCCUUCCAACAGACCCCUGUUCCAGGUGCUCCUGGAAGGACAGAAAGACGGCCUUUACCUCUACCCAGAUGGGAAGAAGCACAACCCAGACCUGUCCGAGCUCUGCUGCACGGAACCCCACCAGCGCAUCUGCGUGUCAGAGGAGCAGCUGCAGCUCUACUGGGCUAUGAACUCCUCCUUCGAGCUCUGCAAGAUCUGCGCCGAGAGGAACAAGAACGUGAGGAUCGAGCCCUGCGGGCACCUGCUCUGCAGCCACUGCCUGGCUGCGUGGCAGCAUGCCGACAGCCAGACCUGCCCCUUCUGCCGCCGGGAGAUCAAGGGCCGAGAGGCUGUGAGUAUCUAUCAGUUCCAAGGGAGGCCCGCAGCAGAGGCCACCGCCGAGAACCCAGAGGACAACAGUGACCAAGAAGACUGGGAGCAGGAGCUGGGGCAGGUGGCCCCCUCGGCUCCCCCGCUGCCACCUCGGCUAGAUCUGUCUUCCAAGGGACCCAGAAGUGCAAGCGGGUUGAAGGUGGUACCUCUGGCUCUGCCCAGGCUCCGGGCUCCCUGUCCCUUGCCGAGAAUUAGGAAUGUGGCCUCAGCCCCCUGGGAUGUCGCCUCCCACCCCCAGGCCACAGAGGGGGCCACAGAGAAUUUCUAAAGGAAGCUCAUGCCCGCAGCCGCCCCUGUGGGACCCGCAGUGGGACCCCACGCCUGGAGGCCAGGGUGCCCAGGUGUGCUGCUCAAGGGCGCCGCGGGGGGCCGGACGGGUUGUGCAGCAUGAAUAAACUGUCCAGCCUGCUCCGUCCUCCAGUGUGUAAGGAGCAGGCCAGCGGCCACCAGGGGGCACCUUGGCACUGGGAAAGGGCUGUCCCCGGGCCUGACCCACUGGGGAGGCUGGGCCCUGGCCCUGUGGACCCUCAGACCUCCCCAUGGCGUGGGGUCCCCGGCCUCUGCGGUCAGUUCCAGGAGUCCCCCCUCCCAUCACGGCAAAGUCAUCAUCCCGGACUCGCCGCGUUCUGCAUCCCUGGUCCAAGGAGCCCACGUCUCCUUGAGAGUAAGGCUCCGGUCUCGCCAGCACCUGCUCUUCUCCCUGUCUCCAUUCCCCUUGGAUCCUUCUGCUAGCAUCUCCCACCUCCUCACUAAUCCCCAGCGACAUGGGCUCCCUCACCUCAGGUUAGGCCAGUGCACUCCCUGAGCUCCAGCCCUGGGCGGACAGUGCUGUGCAAGGACAAGCAGAGGCCACUGUCCCCCCUUGCAGCUCAGAGUCCAGUGGGGCAGACAGACCCAGGAUGACCCAGAGCCCAGAGUGGGCACAGCUGGGGUGCGGAACCCCCCGGGCUGCAGGGACACCUGACCCAGCCUGGGGAGUCAUGGAGGGCAUCCAGGAGGAGGGGACUCUGAGCCCAGACUGCCGUGGGCUUGAACGUGUAUCACAGACCGAGUUCCAAGCGACAGCAGCUGCCACUUGGGACAGAAAGGGAACCUAUUGAGAGGAUUCUGGGUCACUCACAGAAACCCAGGAGUCAACAGGAGAGCCAGGAUUGGAAAAGGAGCCAGAACGCUGGCAGCUGACCAGCAAUGGCCACCCAGCCACUGUCACACCACAGAGCCAGUCUGAGGAGGACGUGCUGGUGCCCACUGAGCCCUGGGCACUGCAGCCGCCUGGCUGCUGGAGCCACCUCAGAAACAGGACGUGGCCGCACCUCUCAUGAGCUGCCACCCGUCACGAGCCCCCCCACUUAGCAGCGCUGGAUGGCAAGGGUUGCAUUAGCGCUCAGGGUGCCCGGCAGAUUCAGGGUGGAGCUCGCUGAGUGGUUCCUGGGCAGGGCGGCUAGAGGCUGGCCGGGGUCCUCGCAGGCUCCACAGCACGGCUGCUUCAGGGACGCCACUGCUCUGAUGGCCUCCACAGGAGGACAGCCAGCCUCCACAUCCGUGUUCUGCACCUACGGAUUCAGCCAACUGUACAUCCAAUGCAACGUGUGUGUGUGUGUGUGUGUGUGUGUGUGUGUGUGUAAUGCAUCAGACUGAACAUGCCGGCUUUUAAAUUUUAUUUAUUUAUUUAUUUGGGUGCUGCGGAUUGAACCCAGAAGCAUUUUACCACUGAGCUAGAUUCCCAGUCGUCUUUUUUCAUUUAGAGACAGGUUCUCAUUAAGUUGCUCAGAGCAUCACUAAAUUGCUGAGGCUGGCUUGAAACUUGUGAUCCUCCUGCCUCAACCUCCCAAGCCUCUGGGAUAACAGGUGCGGUCCACCACCACCUCUUGAUGGCAGGAUCAAGCUGCUCUGAUUGUAGGUGACCACGUGGAAAUGACAAACUGGGUGCAGCCAUCUUUAGAAGUAGCUUUUCUUUAAACUCUCCCUCCACAAGUAUCUCUUUUUGUUCAACCCCAAAAUGAAUUCGUAUGACACCAAAUGUCAACAGUUCCAUUUUCCAGAUCCAAGCCUGGAAUCAUGGGGGAAUAACCAUUCCCUUCCAAACAUUCCAUGAUCUUCAUCUUCUGCAAGCUGUGGGCUCAUUUGAAAGUUAAUUAGGACAUACCAUAUAUAAACUAAUGAGAGAAGCCGGCCACAGUGAUGCACACCUAUGAUCCCAGCAGCUCAGGAGGCUGAGGCAGGAGGAUCUCUCGUUCAGAGCCAGCCUCAGCAAUGGCCAGGCGCUAAGCAACUCAGUGAGACCCCGUCUCUAACUAAAAUACAAAAUAGGUCUGGGGAUGUGAUUCAGUGGUCGAGUGCCCCUGAGUUCAAUCCCCGGUACCAAUAAAAAUAAUAAUAAUAAUAAUAGAAAAGGUAAGGUUUUUUAAUGAGAAGAGUCAGCCCACAUCUGCAAGGAUUCAACCAACUUUGGAUCUAAAAUAUUCAGGAAAAAAUUGCAUCUGUACUGAACAGGUGCAGACUUUUUUCUGUCAUUAUUUCCUAAACCAUGAGCAUACUGAGUACAUAAUAUUUACAUUAUAUUAGACAUUAUAAGUCAUUGGGAGAUGGUUUAAAGUAUAUGGGCGUGUGCAGAGGUUAUAGGCAAAUACAAUGCCAUUAUUAUAUGAAGGUCUUGAGCCCCCUGAGGAAGGGGCUCCUGGAACGAAAUACCCCCUGGAUACCAUAGGACUGCUGUAUUCAGUCACAUGGCGCAUCACCUAAGGAUGUCUCCGUCACAGUGGACCACAAUUGCAACAGUGGUCCCAUAAGAUCACAUGGUCUAGUGACGUCGCAGCGGUUUCAGUCUGUGUUAAGUCCAGUGUGAUGUUCACCCGGUGGCAAAAUUGCCUGACAACGCCUUUCUCAGAACAUACCCCGGUUGUUAAGUGACGCACGCCUGUGUCUAUACACAUGAGCUCGCGAGGACGGAAUUGGAAAAUGAUUUAAUUCAGUUCACAAUAUUUAUUCAUCUCGUGCCGAGCACGGUCCUAGACACCAGUAAAGCAAAGAAAGUUCCUUUUCUCUUGGAGUUUAG